GUUCACAUUCCGGCUGAAGUGGACUGCAGUUUCGACUUCCUCGAUCGCUCCCUGUCUCUGCCCCUACGACUGAUUCGUUGCAUGGGAGAGCGACCGCGCUCUUCCUCCUCUUCGCCAGAAGGGAGCACGGAUCUCGUCCCAAUUGGGCAAAUUGACUGUUCAGCCGAAGUGUCAAGGGCAGUCGAGUUGAUUGGUUGA